AUGACACCCGAGUCCCAUCUCACAAAGGCCAUCGUGUCACACGCGCCCGAGGAUGGAAAACGAAAAUGGGUGCUGGAAGACGUGCAAAUAACGCAGCCGGGAGAAUAUGAAGCCAUCGUGGAAAUGGUAGCUUCCGGCGUCUGCCAUACAGACCUUGGAUGCGGAACAGCACCAGAUGGCACCCCGGGGUUUCCUGUACCCCCAUACCCUCGUGUUCUGGGUCAUGAAGGCGCCGGAUAUGUCCGUUCUGUCGGUUCAAAGAUCACUAAAGUCAAACCUGGCGAUGCCGUCCUGCUCUCUUUUGCGUUUUGCACCAGCUGCCACAACUGCCAAUUCGGCGCGCCUGGUUACUGCCACAAGUUCUCCGACCUCAACUUCACCGGUGUGAAGGACGCAUUCCGGUUUCCCAAGUCGCCGAGCCAGGAAAUCGGCGGCUCAUUCUUUGGCCAGUCCAGCUUUGCCAAGCUCACUCGGGUUCAAGAGACGUCGCUUGUCAAUGUCAGCGCCUUCGUCAGCAAUGAUGAUGAACUGAAGCUGCUGGCACCUCUUGGCUGUGGCAUCCAAACUGGCGCGGGCACAGUGACUGAAUUGGCAAAUGCAAAGCCAGACGACAAAGUGGCAGUCAUCGGCCUAGGUGGUGUAGGACUUGCUGCAAUCAUGGCUGCGAAGCUCAAGGGCUGCCGCACCAUCAUCGGAAUAGAUCGAGUUCCCGCACGAAUUGAACUGGCAAAGAAACUCGGUGCCACUCACGGCAUCGACACUUCGUCUGUUUCCAGCCUCACAGAUGCAGUACGCAAGGCAACCGGGGCCUCGGGUAGUACCGUUACUGUCGAUGCAACUGGUGUUCUCUCGAUGAUCCAGCUGGGGCUCGAGUUCACCGCGAAUCAGGGCAAGAUGAUAUUGCUCGGCGUUGCCCCGAUGGGCGCCGGCUUGGAGCUUGCGGUGGUUCCAUACAUGGUGACGGGCAAGCAAAUUAUGGGUAGCAUGGAGGGCGGCGUCACACCAGAGGAGUAUAUCCCCCAUAUGAUCCGCUGGUUCCGCAAUGGAGACUUUCCCGUCGACCAACUGGUCAAGUUCUACCCGGUGGAUGAUUUCCGAAAAGCCGUGAGGGACAUGGAGGACGGUUCGACCAUCAAGCCCGUUUUGGUAUGGUAG